AUGUCCAUCUACUACCGGGUCACGAUGCUGAUUUGUCAGAUUUCCUGUGCGGUGCAUGGCAUGCUUGACAGUAUAGCUGACGCCUCACAAGGACUCACCGCUGAACAAAUUUUCAUAUUAUUAUUUUACCAGCCUUUGACAGUGGUCACACGGCACGAAAGAAAGUCAAUCGACUGACUGUCUUGGCUGCGUUUAGUAGCGGCCGCCCUGCUCCUCCUUCCACCUUCCCCCACACGAGAACCACUUUUUUUCUCCACUUGGCGUGUGUCAUUGCUUCGGCGUGUUAAAAAAGCUAGCGGCUCUCUUUUGAAAAUGGCGGAUGUGUCAAGCGAGAAGAGCCUGGACGACUUUUUCGCCAAACGAGACAAGAAGAAGAAGAAAGACAAGGGCAAGGCCAAGGAGUCGGCCGCCUCCUCCACGGGCCUGAAAAGGAGCAAAAAGGAGAAUGAAAAGUCGUUUAAAGGCGACGGCCAGGACGGCAACAUGGACAAGGGUCCAACAGUCAGUGCAGUACUGCAUGUUGAGUGGCCUGGGUCCCCUUCCGGUCAGGAGGACGAGGAUUGGAAGGAGCAGAAAGAGGUGGACUACAGCGGCCUGAGGCUCCAAGCAAUGCAGAUAAGUGAUGACAAGGAGGAAGAUGACUACGAAUACGGCGACCGGGAGCACGACGAGGAUGGUGACGUCCUCCUCACGGCGGGUGGUGAGAAAAUGUCCGGCCCUUGGAAUAAGUCCACUCAUGUCCCAGCACAGACUCCACCAGUUGAGGACGUGGAGGCGCCCGAGAAGCCGGCGGGCGUGUACCGUCCCCCUGGCGCUCGCUACUCCUCGUCCAAACGAGGCCAGACCCAGGGACCCCCUGAGAUCUUCAGCGACACCCAGUUCCCCUCCCUGAUGGCCACCGGCAAGCACGUGGAGACGCGCAAGGAUCGCGAGAUCGACAAGACGUUUGAGGUUGUGAAGCACAAGGGCCGCGGCCGAGACGACGGCAACGCCACCGCCGCCACGCAGCACCUGCAGCUGGAUAACCAGUAUGCCGUCCUGGAGGACAAGUAAAACAUGCACGCCGCCGCCGCCAUUUGGCGCACCCCGCCUACCACCAAGCAAUGAGGAAGAAGGAAGCGGUUGAACGUUGUACUGCCGCACUCACUGCCACCGGCAAACACAAAUUGGAAUCAUCAUGCCUAUUGUUCAUGUGGUUGGGAAGGGGUGGGCAGGGUUCUGGGGGGCGGAGGCGCACCUCCCCACCCCCCAAAAAAAGCUUACUGCGGCGAGGACUUCGUGGAUCACGUGUGUCUCUGGACUUUAUUGAGGUGAUUUUACAAACUUGUGUGUGUGGAGGGGUCGGAAUCUAUUUUUCUGCGCUGUUACAUACACACGCGUGUGUGGCGUAGUGGAGUGCGCUUGGGCGUUCAGGAGUGGACGAUGGGGGCACUACCUCGAACACAUGGAGUCUCUGCUUUGCUGCCCCCCCAACCCCCACCCCCAAUAAAUCCUGCACCUGUGGUGAACGGAAUAUGAGCUGCGGGGCGAUGAGACUUGUACAAUUCCCUAAUAAAGUGGCCUUACGGAUACGAACGAACGGCUCAGUCAUACAAGGAGCGCUAAAUGGACUUGAUAUCACCAUGAAAAGAAGAAGAGGAGGAGCAAGGGGGAAAAAAUUGCUGAUGCGGUUUGUAAGAUUUCAAAUCUUGUUUCUCAUAUUGGCUGUUCAGUUUUCCAGCCCUUUCAUUAUGAUGAUUCUUAUUAGAUCAAAGCUCUAUCGGUGGUCGCAUCCCUUCUGCUUGACCCCAUACAUUCAAAUGCAUAGUUUGGCAGGUGAUUCCAUAAUUUCAAUUUAACUCAAUUCAGUUCAAGCAGUCAACUAGGCAUUAGUUUUGCAAGUUAAUGGAUGCCGAAUAAGUGUGUGUGUGUGUGUGUGUGUGUUUUGGUCAAUGCCAUGAUGAGUACAGUAAGCGCCGGGAUACUUGUGUGUGUGUGGUUGAAGUAGAACAUGUUUGUGACAAAGACAAGAGCCAAUUUAUCAAAUAAAAGUGCUAAUCUGGAAAGGCUGUUGUGUUUGUUGUGGACAUUGAGCUUCAAAGUAAACUUCCGCUUCCUGCAGUAGUGAACGGAAAACUACAGUAAAUGUUUGUAUGCAAACAUCAAUAUAAAAUGCAGAAAAUAAAGGCUGAAUCCUG